AUGUACAAUUUAGGUGAUGCAGAAAAAGGAGAGCAAAAUCAGUUAAAUAUUUCGGAAAACCUGAUUUCUGAUGCGGAACUUCACGAAGAAAUGCCAGGUCCAGAAAAGUUGUCACAAUUCGAAAAUAUAAAAGAAAUUUCAAACAAAAAUUCUUCUGUACAAAAUGCAACAAUUCACUCGGAAAAAGUUGAUUUGAUUCGUGAUUUACAAACACAUUUUAGUUCUGAUCCUGCUGAAUGGAACGUGACUGUAGAUCUGAAACAUUGCAUUGCAAAAAACCCUGUUUCUCAAGAUUUAAAUUGCGAUUUCAAAUUUACUUGUAGACAAAUAGGUGACAAAAAUAGGCAUGUAACUAAAGACUUAUUUUUUCGAAAGUUAAGUAAGGAUGAAAUUAUUAAAAGAGAUUGGCUGAUUUUAUCAAAGUCUACAGGUAAAUUAUACUGUUAUGUGUGUAAAUUAUUUAGUUCCGAAAUUUCACAAAAUGUUUUUCAGACUGGUUUCAAUGAUUGGAAAAAUGCUCAUAUUUUAAUUUCUUCUCAUGAACAAUCGAAAAAUCACAUUACAUCGCAAGUAAAUUUAAUCAAUUAUCAAAAAACAAUUCAAGUAGACAAAGAACUGAUAAGAGUACAAGAAGAAACGAUAAAAUAUUGGACAAAAGUUUUAGAACGAGUUUUCGCUUUUCAUCUUUAA